CUGUGUCUUGGGAUACGGCCGAUCCUAAGUAUAAGUUUAAAUUAUACAAUAUAUAAAUGUGAUGGCCGGGCUCGGGUGGAUUGAUAUGAGAUUUCUGAAGCAGGGUGCAUAUAUAUACCCCCCACGGUGUUCAUGGUUAACUCGUAUAAUUAUACUUCUGAAGAUAGCUUGUAAUAUUGCACUUGCAAUAGAAAACCAUGCCAACUACUUUGUACGCUUUAUAAGUGAUUUGAGGGAGGAUCGGAUUGAUGAAAGGAUAAUUAAUUAUUGUAGAGAAGUGGUGAAAACUCUGGUCAGAAGCAGGGAGGUUUUUGUAACAGACAAGAGGGCUAAACAUAUAAAUUGGGGCUAAAUAUAUAAAUAUUCAUCCCAUCUAGAGAUCUUAGUAUCAGAUUCUGUUCGCUCAGCUAAUCGAGCUUCAAGCAUUGGUGUUAAUCUUUUAUAAUAUAAGUAAUUAUCCACCCACAUAUUAUAUACACAUUGCUUUCGCCACUGGCCACGACGGAACGUGCUGAAAUCGAGCUCUAUUGCUGGAUGGUUGGUAAUACGAAAAAACAAAACAAAAGAAACAAACGAAGGGCGCAAAAGCACACGGAGGGAGGUAAAGUGGAGUGCUAUUUAGUGGAGUAGGCGGAGCACGCAAUAAUAAGCAAGAUGGCGUUGUUCAUUGGGAGUCUCAAAACUGUAUCGAUCAAAGCGGCGCCAGCUCCACCUCCGAGCACAGAAACUUUUGAUGAAAAGAAUGCAAGGCUCAAAAGGCCCCAAUCUCCUCACCUAACUAUUUACAAACCUCAGCUCACUUCUAUGUUAUCAAUUACUCACAGAAUGACUGGCAUGGCCCUGUGUGGUUACAUGACUGUUUUGGGGCUAGGUUCUUUAACACCCUUUGUGGACUUCCCUUUCUUGGCAGAAUCAAUUGCUAACUUACAUCUGCCAGGAGCUGUACUGUAUUCUGGGAAAGCUAUGAUCGCUUUUCCUGCUGCCUAUCAUUUUAUUAAUGGGAUAAGACACUUGCUUUGGGACACUGGCAGAUUCCUGACCAUCAAACACGUCUACACCACUGGCUAUAUCACUCUUGGUAUCUCUCUUUUAUUCACUGCAUGGUUGGUGACACUAUGAAAAUAGGAAUAUUUUCUAUAUAACAAUAAACACGGUGAGGAGAAUUACUGUUCAAUAUGUUAAGUAUUUAUUUAUAUGUUGAGGAUAUUGUAGAAUUGUAAACAUUUAGGUCUUCUUUUGACCAGAUUCUGGAAUAAAAUAAACAAUAUUUAUUACAGGAUGAAACUUUAUUUCUGUAAAAUAUUCACUUCUUUUGCUUUCCCGAUCUUUUCUUUCACAUUUUAGGUAGAAUACAAAGAGAUUCUUUGGUAAAUCAAAGUAAUAUUCUAAGGAAAAGGUUGCACCAUCAUCUAUUUAAGAACGAGUCAAUCUGAAAACAUGAACUUGCGGUAAUAUUUCAACUCUUCAAUGCUCUCUUUGAUGUCAAAUAACGCUCUAUGCUGCAACUUUUUCUUUGGAGCGUUGCGGAAUGCGUGAGGAGCCCAGCGUCUGAACAGAAACAAUGUGGAUUACAGUUUAUUGUCAUAUGUUUAAUACAGUGAAGCUUCAUUUAAGUAUUUUGCAAGCAACAUCAUAGGACACCGUGAAUAAAGAGUGAAAAAUUCAUUAAAUAUAAAAAGAAUAGCAGUGCUACAGAAUGACACUAACAUGAGAAAUUUGUGUGAAACCUGUUUUUAUAUCCAAGUUUUUCUCAAAAACAGCUCCAAAUUUUUCAAUGAAAUGUCCAUUGAAUAUUUCUGAAAAUGCAUAAAUUUAAUCCAUUUUCACCCAGAACUUUUGAGAUUUAAGGAAUUUUGUAAGAAAAUAAUAAAGAAAGUAAAAAAUAAGGCACUUGUACACAUAAAUGAAAUUUAUAAACAUCGCUUGUAACGUUAAUAUUCAUAAUGAGCAAGAUGCACAAAAGAAUACAUUUGAAUAAUUUUUGAAAAAUCAAAAUACAAGAUGCUUAUGACAAAACAUUCAGUGCAUUUAGGACAUACUUCAAAACGUUCCUUUAAACUUUUUGUGAGACCUCAGAAAAUAUCUUUCAAGCAUUUCUGAAAAUGCAGAAGUUUGAGCUAAGUUUCACACAAAAGCUUUUUGAGCUUUCGAGACUGAAUUGUAAAUAUUAACAAUGUUAGAGAUAUUUCAAAUAAAUUACAUCAUGUAAUUUCUGAUAUAAAAAAAGAAUACUUUUACAGCAAAACAGAAUUAAUGUUACCUUGUAUACCUCAGAACUAUAUGUACAAAAAUAAAUUAACGGCAGUUUUUUGAGAAUCUUUUUUAAUUUACAUAUUUUUCACUCAAAAUAAUGUGUCGUAAGUACAAUAAUUAUUGGUCUAAUUGUGGAGAACAUUUUAUCAGAAGAAAAUGUCCAUCUUCAACAUUCUAGUUGUUGGAGUGAAAAAAUG